AGUGGGGACGUCGGCAUGGGGGCGGGGAGCGGGAUUUCACUUUUUAUUCCAAAUUAUGAUGUAUUCGGGAGCCAGUGUUGGCUUGGAUGGGCGGACAGAGCCCAGUCGGCUGCUGCUCUGUCCGGAGGUCAAUCUGCGCCUCGGUGUUUGAAGGGUUCGUUGGUGAGUGGGAGGCUCUUCCAAGCUCGAAGCUGAGCAGCGCUUGCAGAGGCCCGCGCCUUCAAGCCGGUAGCCGCCGGCUUGGGUUCGCGCCGCACUCCGGCUUCUCCCAUUUCUGGUCAGUUUCGCGGGUGCGGCCGGCAGCGGUGGUCUAGGAGGGAGGCCCGGUAAGGACAAUGGAUGCAUUUUCCCAAGGCCUCGCGCCACGGGUGGGGGCCCUCGGGAUCACCUCCGGGGGACAUUUUCCUACCCUUUUCUUCAUAAGCGACAUUGCCGUGAGGGUCAGAUGCCUGUCGCAUGGGUGACCACAGCCAAAUUCAUUCGGGCUUCUUGGAAGAACGGGGUCAGUGCUGCCCUGGCUGGAGAAGAAAGGAUUUUGUUUUGCCAGUUGUUGUGAUUGCCAAUGUCAUCAUCAUUAUGAUCAUCAUCAUUAGCAUCCUAUUUUAAUUAAAAAUAAUCGUCCCAAAGCGCGGCAGCAAGUCCCUUUAGCUUCUUUGGAAGGAGAACAAAGCAGCGCAGUCCUGUUACCCCCCCGCCCUCCAGUUUUGUUUUCAAGUUGUUGGGUUUGGGGUAGGGAGAGAAAAUGGAGGGGUCAGACAGAGAUUCAGUCAUAAAGCAAACACAACCCCGAAAUAACACACCGGGGAUGGGUGGGUUCCCCUUUUUCUUUCUUUCUCCAUUUGGAUUAGGAGAGGAGAAAGAAAAUCGCCCGCAUUGGAUCAAAAUUCGAGGAAGAAUUAUUCCUGUAUUUCCACCAGAGCGCGGCAAAAGGAAGGAAGCCUUUGCAAUUAAUCCAAGACUUCGAUGUGAUCAUAAACUGGACAAUUUAGGCAAAACAAAUUAAACAAAACCCACAGGGGGAAAAAUAAAAGCAAACUAAAUCUGGCUACACCCUUGGAAGCAGUAUCCGGUUGGUUUUUAACCCUCCUUCCCUUUUGCCUUAUUUAUUACUGCAACAAAUUACUAGAAUUCCCCCUAUUCUGCCUGUCUAAACCCCGAAAAAUCAAAAACCAUUUUGUAGGGCUGGUGGAGGGAAAGGUGAAGAAUUUACCCCCUCUCUCUCCCUUACUCUCUUUACUUACCCUAACUUACUUACUUACUUUAGUUCUUUCUUUUAUUCUUUCUGUUAGAAGGGAGGGGGAAAAAAGGACCUGAAUUUAUCAGACACCUACCCACCCCCAAUUCGGACUCCAUUCCUUAAGGGAAGUAGAGCCCUUGGAAUCUGGUUCUGGUUUCGCUUUGGGCUGGAGGUGGGUAGAUCGGGGUCAGGAGAGUUCCUGGAGGAGGGGGUUGGACUUGGUGUUCUGCCCCACAGAUCAGGGCCUGGAGAGACUGACUAUUCACCUUCCCGGACACAUACCCCCCACCCAUCCACGUCUGGCCAGGGAGACCCUUAUGCGCUGUGGCCAGGGCCUGGCUCCGGUUGCAGAGUAAACUGCGUAGACACGUCCAUGCUUAGAAAACAAAUUUGACCAUACCGAACCAGUUCGAUCCCGUUUGGAGGACCGGCCAGGACCACGCCGCAGUCCAACUAACUGCUAGUCUUUCUGCGAGAGAGGGGGAAAGCAAAGACCCCUGGCCACAACCUUGACCCCUCUCCUCCUGCGGAGGAGUGAAGGUCCUGUUCAGAGGGGCCAGUCUCUCUAAAUAUGCCCCAGGAUGACCGAGCGGCCGCCGAGCGAGGCGGCACGCAGUGACCCCCCGCUAGAGGGACGGGAAGCGGCCGAGGCCCGCAUGGCCCCCCCGCACCUGGUCCUGCUGAACGGCGUCACCAAGGAGACCAGCCGCGCGGCCCCAGCCGAGCCCCCGGUCAUCGAUCUGGGUGCUCGCGGUGGCCCGGGGGGCGGCCCUGCCGGUGGGGGCGGCGCCACGAGAGACUUAAAGGGUCGAGACGCGGCGGCGGCCGAAGCGCGCCAUCGGGUGCCCACCACCGAGCUGUGCAGACCUCCCGGUCCCGCCCCGGCCCCCGCGCCCACCUCGGCCCCAGCGGAGCUGCCAGGCGACGGCCGCAUGGUGCAGCUGAGCCCGCCCGCGCUGGCGGCCCCGGGCGGCCCCGGCCGCGCUCUGCUCUACAGCCUCAGCCAGCCGCUGGCUUCGCUCGGCAGUGGGUUCUUUGGGGAGCCUGAUGCCUUCCCCAUGUUCACCACCAACAAUCGAGUGAAGAGGAGACCCUCUCCCUACGAGAUGGAGAUUACAGAUGGUCCCCACACCAAAGUAGUGCGGCGGAUAUUCACCAACAGCCGGGAGCGAUGGCGGCAGCAGAACGUGAAUGGGGCAUUUGCUGAGCUCCGCAAGCUGAUCCCCACGCAUCCCCCGGACAAGAAGCUCAGCAAGAAUGAGAUCCUCCGCCUGGCUAUGAAGUACAUCAACUUCCUGGCCAAGCUGCUUAAUGACCAGGAGGAGGAGGGCACCCAGCGGGCCAAGCCUGGCAAGGACCCCGUCGUUGGGGCGGGCGGAGGCGGGGGUGGGACAGGGGUUGGUGCUCCUCCAGAUGACCUUCUGCAGGACGUGCUUUCUCCUAACUCCAGCUGCGGCAGCUCCCUGGACGGGGCAGCCAGCCCGGACAGCUAUACGGAGGAGCCGGCACCCAAGCACACGGCCCGCAGCCUCCAUUCUGCCCUGCUGCCCGCCAGUGAUGGGGCCGGCCCCCGGUGAUGGGUCUGGGGCCACCCAGGACCAGCCGGGAGAGGACCCCUAGGCCACUGGGAUGGUGGGCUUUAGGGCAAGUGGGAUGAGAAACAGGGCAAUGGACUUUAUGAAAUCCCCUUGCGCUCUGAACUUUGGGAAGCCCCAAGGCUGGCUUUUUUGUUCCCUGCCUCAGUAGAACAGGAAAAUGGAGCAAAGUGGUAGGUACUUUUUUUCCGAAGAUGGCACGGUCUUCCCCCUCCCCGAAACCCUAAGACUUCCUAAGAGAGAGGCUCAAGUGUCACUGCUUUUGGCCUGGAGUUUGGAGCCCUGUCUUGGUUGACACCUGAAGUUGUCUGCUGUGUCAUCUGGGGUAUCCAGCAGUCUCUGCCUUGCCAUUAGCCCCUCCCAAGCUGGCUGGAUGGCUUUUGUGGCUGCUUCUGUCCAAAUAUAUAGGUACCCAAUGGCUGCCCAUUUUUUGAGCCCUGUCUUCACCCAGGCCCAUGUUGAUCCAUCCAGCUUUCCAGCUGCUGCGGAGAGUCACAAGCCUUGAGGUGCCUUCUUCAUGGCCUGGUUGAAGAAGUUGGCCAUUGAACAGCCUGCUCCUGACUAGCUGGGCCAGAGGGUCAGGAAACCCAAUAGCCCUUACUUCUUGCCCUGGGGAUCAAAGUUCUUUCUCUCCAUUGAGACUUGCCUUCCUAUCCUGUGGCUGUGGAGAUGGAGUCUACAGCCUUGAGCAUGCCCUGUUGGGCCUUGUGUGAAGGCAGAGAAAGGGAAAAUGAGAGUGAAAAUGAGCAAGAGAUUUUGGGCAUGUGGGCUUCAGCUCCUGCACGUUACUGUUUGAGCAAAUGCCAGUGUGCUGAUGGGCACCUGUUGGUGCUGAAAGGGGAAGUGCAGCCCCAUGCACAUUCUCCUAGAUGCUUAGAGGGUGUUCCCUGCUGCAAGAUGUCUGCUAAAUGAUCUGGUCUUUCUUCUGAAUGAAUUGAGCACAAACUGUCCUAUGAAUUAUUUGUAUUUAAGAUUUUUUUCUUGAUUCAGUUAUUGGUGAAAUCUUUAGGUCUGGAUAUGACCCAGGACACAGCCCGACUUCUAGGGCAUGGGAAAUCCAAUCAGACACCAGGCCCUGGCUAAACAUAUGCAUAUUCAUCUAGCAGAACUUUAAAUACCGUGUGAUUGUGCAGCUUUUAGUCAUUAAAGGUGUGCAGGGGAGGCUGGUUUAAUACAAUACGAGUGUCCCCUCCAAAAGUUGUACAUGACAUUUUUGUAAAUCAAAUCCUUAUUCUUCAUCUUUUAAAGAAAUAACUACUGCAAGUUCUUUUGUAAAGUGAAGAAUCCUUUUGUAGUGUGAACGACUGCCCCUUUGUUUAUCCCUGUGUCCAUCCAGGUGGUGGGACAUGGUUUUCUGCCUGUGAUACAUUUCUAAGGCCAUGAAACAAACUGCACAGAAGUCCUCUGUAUUUGUUAUUGUACUUUAAGUCACCCCAGCCCUCUAACACCAGGUUCUGCCUUUGAGGUCAGAGAAAAUAUCCUGUCAUGUAAGAACCCAUCAGUCUGGCUGUUGGAAAUCGCCUUUCCUGUUCUGAGUUUCAGCCCAGCAGCUUGCCCCGUGCUGUGAUGAGGCCCUAUGCAGGAAAAAAAAAAUGAUCCUGGCUCCCCUCCCUUCCUUUUAAGUUGUGAGGUCCAGUUCUUGGGCAUGGGAACAGUAUGGUUAAUCAUUGAAGCACUCUGACUCUCUGUGUCAUUCCAAACACCCCAAAUCAUAUUUUGAUGAACAUUAGGGUUGGUUCCUUACCAAUGCUUAGAAGUUUCUGUGAGGAGUCUCACCCAUGUAAAAAUGGAGCAACUGUCCUGGGCUCUAAGACUGUGUUUGCUUCUCCGUGGAUUAACUUGACGUGGGAAUGAAAAGUGGUCAUGUGUGGUUGAAUGAUUGGGUUUUGUGAGAUGGUUCACACAUUCUAUUGGGAACUCAAGAUUCCAGUUCCCCUUUCUCUUAGACUUGCAGUGUGACUGGGAUAAGGUACCCACGUGUCACUUUCUCAUUAAUACCCUGGCUUGGUCUGUCUCCUAGGACAGCUGUGUGGAUCGAAUGCAGUUGUGAAACUGGAAGAGUUUUGAGACCACAAAGAGCUCUGUUGCCAGCUGGGGGUGUAGCUCAGUGGUAGAGCACUUGCUUAGCAUGCUCAGGGUCCUGGGUUCCAUCCCCAGAACUGGGAAAAAAAAAAACAAA